GCCGCCAUGAUCGACGAACGCGAACUUCAGAUCCACCCGAUCGUGCAAGAUAGCAUGCAGCACAACACCAAAACAAUCGACAACAUCCGCGCGCUGACAUCCUCCCUCUUCGGCGUCGGCGCCGGCGCAUUAGGCCUCUCUUCAUACGCCGGCUUCCUUUUCUACCUCGUCGGGUCGUUGAUCGUCUCGACGCUCAUAUUUGUGUUGCGUGCGGAGGGUCCAAAAGGCGGCGCAGACAAGUACUUCUAUAACAUUUGGACGGGAUUGUGGUUGGGUGACUUGAUGGGGGGUUUGAUGGGAUUUGUAUUAACAUGGACGCUCGUGUACGGGCUAGUGGUUGCUUGA